AUGGCUAUUAUUGCUGUCGCCGGAGGAACUGGACAGAUGGGUCGCGCCGUCGUUGAUGCUCUUAUCGCGUCCGGAAAGCACAAGACAAUCAUUUUGAGUCGCAAGGAAAACCCGACUCUCGAAAAGGAACUUGGGGUUUCUAUUAUCGCGGUUGAUUACAACAACGCCCCAGCUCUUACGAAAGCUCUUGAAGAUAACAAUGUGGAUACGGUUAUUUCCACCAUCUUCAUGAUGCCAAGUUUCACAGGAGAUCUGCCCAAGGAGGUUGAAAUUAUUCGCGCCGCGAACGCUUCUAAGACAACAAAGAGGAUGAUCUCCAGCGAUUUUUCUUUCAAUCUCAAGCCCGAACAUGUCGCUGCUGGCUUCCCGGCCACCCCCUUCAAAAAAGCGGCCGAAGCUGAACUGGAGGCUUCCAAAAACCUCGAAUCAACCCGCAUCAUGAUGGGUCACUUCAUGGAUUACUGGGGUGUUCCAGGAUUCAAAUCCCAUUUUGCCCCCAUGGCCACUUUUAUUGACAUUGAGAAUGAUUAUGCUGCCAUCCCAGGCAGCGGCAACGGACGUGUCACUAUGGCUCACAGCACCGAUGUAGCCAAGUUUAUCGUUGCGAGUCUAGAUUUGGAAAAAUGGGACCCAAUCCAUUACAUCAUCGGCGAUACUCUUACAAGCAACGAGCUUCUCGCCCUCGCCGAGAAAGCCAAGGGUCGCAAAUUUACAGUUGUUCAUGAUAGCGUCGAGGAUCUCAAGUCUGGAGUUAUUACAGCUCUCCCUGGUCAGAUUGCAGCAUACGAUUUUAUGCCGAAACAAGUCUUUGAUAUGGUUAUGCCAAUUCUCGGGCUGUGGUUUGAAGAGGGCGCAUUCGACUUGGGGGAUGUCCCAUCUCUGAACGAUAAAUUUCCCGAAAUUAAGACGAUCAAGGCCAAGGAUAUGAUUGAACAGGCAUGGAAGAAGUCUUAG